CGAGGCUUCACCACAAGAGUACACGGAUUAAGUCGGGGGAAGAAAGAGGAGUGAGGCCGGGCAGCCGGGCAGCCGCGCCGAGCGCCUCGGGUUCCGUUUAGCCGUGCGCCUGUCGCCGGGUCUCCGUGGACCCCCCCAGUUCUCUCUCUGCCAGCAUGCGCCCCGCCUGCUAGGGCGCCCCCGGCUUUUCCCUCACCUAGCGCCGCCGAGCCCGCCUGGAUGCAGUCCCCGCCGGGUUCCCAUUGGCUCCUCUGAGUGCUUGGGUGUCGGGAGCCUGUUUUUGGCCACGGGAACCAACUUUUGAAGUUUCGCCUAGGAGACUGCUGCGUUCCUGCGCCAGCUUCCCGGCAGCCGGACCGGCGGAGGCGCGACCGCGACGCGAGUCACCAUGGGAAGCAAAGGUGCCUACCGGUACCACUGGCAGAGCCACAAUGUCAAGCACAGUGGCGUGGAUGACAUGGUGCUCCUCUCCAAGAUCACUGAGAGCUCCAUCGUAGAGAAUCUGAAGAAGAGAUACAUGGACGACUACAUCUUUACGUACAUAGGAUCCGUGUUAAUCUCCGUCAACCCUUUCAAGCAGAUGCCAUAUUUUGGGGAGAAGGAAAUCGAGAUGUACCAAGGAGCGGCACAAUAUGAGAACCCACCACACAUCUAUGCCCUGGCAGAUAGUAUGUACAGAAACAUGAUCAUCGACAGAGAGAACCAGUGUGUCAUCAUCAGUGGUGAAAGUGGAGCUGGGAAGACGGUGGCUGCCAAGUACAUCAUGAGCUACAUCUCCAGGGUGUCUGGAGGAGGCCCCAAAGUCCAGCACGUGAAGGACAUCAUCCUGCAGUCCAACCCACUGCUGGAGGCCUUCGGGAACGCCAAGACCGUCCGCAACAACAACUCCAGCCGUUUUGGAAAAUACUUUGAAAUCCAGUUCAGUCCAGGUGGGGAGCCAGAUGGUGGAAAAAUCUCCAACUUCCUUCUGGAAAAAUCUAGGGUGGUGAUGAGGAAUCCUGGAGAGCGGAGUUUUCACAUCUUUUACCAGCUCAUUGAGGGCGCCUCGGCAGAGCAGAAGCACAGCCUGGGCAUCACCAGCAUGGACUACUACUACUACCUGAGCCUCUCCGGCUCCUACAAGGUUGACGACAUCGACGACCGGCGUGAGUUCCAGGAAACUCUGCACGCCAUGAAUGUGAUCGGGAUCUUUGCGGAAGAGCAGACCCUGGUGUUGCAGAUAGUGGCUGGAGUGCUCCAUCUGGGCAACAUCAGCUUCAAAGAAGUAGGCAACUACGCCGCAGUGGAGAGUGAAGAGUUUUUGGCUUUUCCUGCAUAUCUACUGGGGAUAAACCAGGACCGGUUAAAAGAAAAGCUAACCAGCAGGCAAAUGGACAGCAAGUGGGGAGGCAAGUCCGAGUCCAUCCACGUGACCCUCAAUGUGGAGCAGGCCUGCUAUACCAGGGAUGCCCUUGCCAAGGCACUGCACGCCCGGGUCUUUGAUUUCCUGGUCGAUUCCAUCAACAAAGCCAUGCAGAAGGACCAUGAAGAAUACAACAUUGGUGUGCUGGACAUCUAUGGCUUUGAAAUAUUCCAGAAAAAUGGCUUUGAACAGUUUUGCAUCAAUUUCGUUAAUGAGAAACUCCAACAGAUUUUUAUUGAAUUGACAUUAAAGGCAGAACAGGAAGAAUAUGUUCAAGAGGGAAUAAGAUGGACACCCAUCGAAUACUUUAAUAACAAAGUUGUGUGUGACCUCAUUGAGAACAAAGUGAACCCUCCUGGCAUCAUGAGCAUCCUGGACGAUGUGUGUGCCACCAUGCAUGCCGUGGGUGAGGGGGCCGAUCAGACGCUGCUCCAGAAACUCCAGAUGCAAAUUGGCAGCCACGAGCACUUCAACAGCUGGAACCAAGGCUUCAUCAUUCACCAUUAUGCUGGGAAGGUAUCCUAUGACAUGGAUGGCUUCUGUGAAAGGAACCGUGAUGUGCUCUUCAUGGAUCUCAUCGAACUCAUGCAGAGCAGUGAGCUGCCUUUUAUAAAGUCUUUAUUUCCUGAAAAUCUGCAAGCUGACAAGAAAGGGCGCCCAACUACUGCCGGAAGCAAAAUAAAGAAACAAGCCAAUGACCUUGUGAACACCCUGAUGAAAUGCACACCUCACUACAUUCGCUGCAUAAAACCCAACGAGACCAAGAAGCCCAAGGACUGGGAGGAAAGCAGGGUAAAGCAUCAAGUGGAAUAUUUGGGUCUGAAGGAGAACAUCCGUGUGAGAAGAGCGGGUUACGCCUAUCGGCGCAUCUUCCAGAAAUUCCUGCAAAGGUAUGCCAUUCUGACCAAAGCCACCUGGCCCUCCUGGCGGGGCGAUGAGAAGCAAGGCGUGUUGCACCUGCUACAGUCGGUCAACAUGGACAGCGACCAGUUCCAGCUCGGGAGGAGCAAAGUGUUCAUCAAGGCCCCGGAGUCCCUAUUUCUUCUAGAAGAGAUGAGAGAGAGAAAGUAUGAUGGGUAUGCCCGAGUGAUCCAGAAAUCAUGGAGGAAAUUUGUCGCCCGGAAGAAGUAUGUGCAGAUGAGAGAAGAAGCCUCAGACCUCUUGUUGAACAAGAAGGAGAGGAGGAGAAAUAGCAUCAAUAGGAAUUUCAUUGGGGAUUACAUUGGGAUGGAGGAGCACCCAGAACUCCAGCAGUUUGUGGGCAAGAGGGAGAAAAUCGAUUUCGCGGAUACAGUCACCAAGUACGACAGGAGGUUCAAGGGUGUAAAGCGAGACCUGCUGCUUACCCCAAAGUGCCUGUACCUGAUCGGGAGGGAGAAGAUCAAGCAGGGCCCCGACAAAGGCCAGGUGAAGGAAGUGCUGAAACGGAGGAUAGAGGUGGAGAGGAUCCUGUCCGUGUCCCUCAGCACUAUGCAGGAUGACAUUUUCAUCGUGCAUGAACAAGAAUACGACAGUUUGCUUGAAUCUGUCUUCAAGACUGAAUUCCUAAGCCUCUUGGCGAAGCGCUACGAGGAGAAGACACAGAAGCAACUACCUCUCAAGUUCAGCAACACGCUUGAAGUGAAGUUGAAAAAGGAGAACUGGGGCCCCUGGAGCGCUGGUGGCUCUCGGCAGGUGCAGUUCCACCAAGGCUUUGGCGACCUGACCAUCCUCAAGCCCAGUAACAAGGUGCUACAGGUCAGCAUCGGACCCGGGCUGCCCAAGAACUCCCGUCCCACCAGAAGGAAUACCAUUCAGCACAGAGGUUAUUCCAGUGGCACUGCCAAUGCCAGCUACCCCAUGAGAGCGGCCCCGCCGCCCCCCGGAUACCACCAGAAUGGAGUUAUCAAAAAUCAGUUUGUGCCGCAGCCCCACAUUCCCAGCAGCCAGAGUUCCAGCCAGAGAAGCCUGCACUCCUCCAUUCCCCGCCCAUCCUUGCCACGACAGCAGUCUACCGGCUCCAACCGAGUGUCCCAGGCGCCAGAGAGCCUGGACUUCCUCAAGGUUCCCGACCAGGGAGCUGCAGGUGUCCGGAGGCAGACGAGCAGCCGGCCUCCCCCGGCGGGGGGCAGACCCAAGCCCCAGCCCAAGCCCAAGCCUCAGGUGCCACAGUGCAAGGCCUUGUAUGCCUAUGACGCGCAGGACACAGAUGAACUCAGCUUCAAUGCCAAUGACAUCAUCGACAUCAUCAAGGAAGAUCCUUCUGGCUGGUGGACGGGUCGAUUACGGGGCAAACAGGGCCUGUUCCCCAACAACUACGUGACUAAGAUCUGAGGCGCCCCAGGGACUGUGACACGCAGAGCGGAGGAGCCGUGGGCACCGGGGAGGGAUGUUAGGGGCCGCCUCCCUGGUCUACAGUGAGCAAUUGCUUCUCCAAAGCUUGAAGCUAUUCUGGCACCUUCUCCACAGAGGGCUCCAAAAAGGCUGGGUUAGAGCCAGGGCCUGGCACUGCACAAAUGACCCUGAAAGGUAGCCUGUUGGCAGGAACCCAGGAGGGCAAACCCACCAAGGGCCCACUAAGGUUUAUUUAUUGUAUUUAAUCCUGGUGAGAGGCACAUAAAGCCUCCUUCCCGCUCGGCGGCAGCAACUGCCAAGUGCCUUUCGUUGAAGAGCACCUUUCUGUGGUUCCUCUCUCCUUCACCUCCCUCCUUCCGGGAGGGUGAGCCCUCUGCAAAGCCAGGCACCUUCCCUGCAGCGCCCAAGGGCAAGCUGGCCUGAGCCCACAGGGCCCAGGGACGCUGCUUUACAUUUUGCCAGGACCAUGGGGUGGAGGGGGGCAAGGCCAAAGUCUCAGAUUUGGACCGUGGCUGGCCCAUAUCAGUUUUGUUUAAUACUGUAUGUAUUUACAAGGAGGAUCAUUUUUCCAAGCUGUACAUUUAUAGAACAGAUCAUAUACUGUAUAUAUAAAAUCUCCAGGCGGUAGAAACAUGUAUGAAUGUACCAAGCAGUAUCCCACUGUACUCACGAGAGGGUAGCUUGUAUCCCGGAACUCGCACCAGGUACUCAGAGCCGCGCCCAGCUCCUCUGGCUCCGAAAGCUCUAGCCAACGCCCACCCCGGAGCUCAUUUUCCUCCACCUCCCACUGUAUCCUUCCCCAUAAGUCAAUAAAGGAAUGGGUGAACCACCUGUCCA